UUCCUUAAAACGUCAAAAGUCAAAACCAAUAGAGAUUUGUCAAGUCAAAACUCAAAACAUUGUUUAGAAAAUCGUAUUUAGUGGCAUUAAAAAAAAUAUUAUAAAAUGGAUAAAAGACAAGAAGAAUUAACGAAGUUACAGUCUUAUACCAAUAAAGUCGACAAUGAUCUCACUAUGAUUUUACAAUCUCUUCAAUGGGACCGGAAAACCCUAAUACAGAACCCUGUGCUGGGCACUUGCAGAUAUGACUCGAAACACAAGAUCCCUCCUGAUAAGACUGAUGAACAUGAGAAAGUAUGCUUUUUGAGGGACAAUGGAUAUUCGAAAGAAGAUCAGCUGUUACCAGAGCCUCUUGAUGCAAACGCUAAUACACUUGUGACACUCAAGAAAGAAGAUAUCCAGCAAAUCAUAGCCAAUGCAUCAAGAGCGGAUAUUACUUUUAAAAAAGGCGUAGGUUGCCACGGACCAGAGCCGAUGUCACUGGAGCGGCUUCAGGUGUGCUACUCGGCAGAUGAGCGCCGUGUCAUACAUGAUGCUGUGGUCAGCGCAGUACCAUCCUGUCAUGAUCUCGCUGACUUGGCAUUACUCAGUGAGAGUAAUGAGCAGGGCUCCAAGGUAAUCCUGACGCGCAAAGAAAUCCUGUUGGAACUUCGCAACAUGCGCAGACGCCGCACCAAAUACCGCGUCGCUCCUAAGACUCGCAACUAUUCGGAUGUUUUACGUGACGUUAUUAAGACACAGAUGGAAGUCUACAAUGAUGUUAAAACUGAAGAUAUCACUCCAACAGAACCAGUUGAUGAAAACAACAGUCAGUAUUCUAGAACAGACCCAAAUAAUGUUGACAGAAAUAGUCAUGACCCACAUAAUAUUAAAAGAAAUAGACGGGACUCGUAUAAUGAUGACAGAAGUAGACAUAAAUCGUAUAAUGAUGACAGAAGUAGACAUAAAUCGUAUAAUGAUGACAGAAGCAGACAUAACUCGUAUAAUGAUGACAGAAGCAGACAUAACUCGUAUAAUGUUGACAGAAAUAGAAAUGACUCGCAUAGUAAUGACAGAAAUAGAUAUGAACAAACAAAAAAAUGGGUUCCCAAACCAAUACAAGUUAAAAUCGAAAAAGGAGAACACAGAGAGAGAGUAAAAAUAGACAACAGAAGGCAUUCGAGGCGAGACUCUGAUGACUACGAAAGUCAUCGACAUGAACGCAAAGAGUGGGUCCCUAGGCCCAUCCAAGAAGAAAUAAAGAUAGAAAGAGAAGAUUUUACGGAGAGAGAUGAAAGAACUGAUAGAAGACAUUCGCGCCACUCCAAACACGAAGACAGACAUAAACAUGAUCGUCCCGAAAAGUGGGUGCCUAGGCCUAUCAAAAUUGAAGUUAAAACAGAGAGAGAAGAUUCUAGCGAAAGAGAUAGAAGUUCUGAAAGCAGACACUACAGAAGAGACCAUAGAAAUGAUGGCCAAGACAGACACAAACGUGACGGAGUUUGGGUUCCUAGACCCAUAAAAGAAGAAAUUAAAACUGAAAGAGAAGAUUCCAGCGAAAGCGAUAGAAGCUCUGAAAGCAGACACUCUAGAAGGGCCUAUAGAAAUGAUAGCCAAGACAGACACAAACGUGACGAAGUUACUGUUCCCAGACCCAUAAAAGAAGAAAUUAAAACUGAAAGAGAAGAUUUCACAGAGAGACACAGAAGCUUAGAUAGACGAUAUUCUAGCCAAGAUUACGACUUGAUGCCUAGACCUAUAAAAGUAGAAGUAAAAACUGAAAGAGAAGAGACGGAGAGUACUACAGACCAUAGAAAAGAAAAGUCACAUAAAACCAAUAGAGGUGAAGUAAAUAGACCACAUGAUCGCGAUAAAAGUGACAGACGAGAUCACAAUACUCGAGACACAAGAUAUUAUGAAGAGACUGACCGAGAAAGAACACAAAAGUAUGGAGAGCAUUCUCGAAAGAGGAGAGACGGUUACGAUUAUGAAAGGUAUAAUAAUCACAGAGAUAAAACGAGAGAAAGACAAAACUACAGCGAUGAUAGGGAAUACAGGUCUGAAAAGAGACACAAAAGAAGUCAUAGACAUGAUGAUCAUGAUAUUGAAAGUAGGAGAAGAAAGGAAUCACGAGUAGAUGAAGAAUCUUAUGGUGAUAGGAGAGAAAGAAGAGAUGAUCGACGUAAGGACAAAGAUCGUAGACAUAAAGACAAACAUCGUAGUAGUCGUCACGAUUACAGACACGAAGGGACAGAGGAACCAAGUGACAAGAUACACAUUAAAAAAGAAAGACCGGAUAGCGAUACAUCAAGAGAUGACCACGACGGAAGUGAUGACGACGUACAUGGAGAUAGGAGGCGUGGACGCCGUAGACCGUACUAUGAUGACCAUAACAUGCAAGACGUAUACGAUCCUAAUAAGAAAAUUAAAACGGAGAAAUAAAAUAAGUAUUCGUAAA